GACAGCUAAGAAAAAUUUCAAAGCGCUACGUUUGAAUAAUUGUAUAUCACGAAAAAGAAGGUUUCCAUCUACUAAAGCACAACAGAGUAUCAGAUACUUUAAGAUAUUGGUACAGCCAACUAAAAAUAUUUCUUUAACAGUCAAUAAGCUCAGGCUUAUUUGAUUUUCUAGUCACACCACAAACUUAUAAACUACCCAUAGUGACGAGGAGGACGUUUGGAGAAUGAAUCAUAGGAGGACGCCCUGCACCCCACUGAACACCACCGCAACCACAAUGAAGAAAUGUGUAAUUGCCUGUUCGUCUAUCGGUUCUCCGUCAACGUCGUGCUGUUCUCAUUGGCCACGAUUAUCCUGAUUCUUCGCAUGGUGAGCUGAUCCAGGAUGGGCGCAGAGGAUCCCCUUCCAGCCGGCAAAUUCUUGUUUCUUAUUAUCUUUUUUAAAAAAAAUCCUCACAAAGCGCACGAAUAAAUGUUUGUUGAGCUGUGGAAA